UCAACCUGGUUCACUCCGAAGGCACUCCGCAUGGUCAUUUUGUUUUCUGAUCACAGAAAAGUCCUUACAGUUAUUGAUUUGAGUAUGUCGAAAAUAUAAUUGUUUAGAACACUCGCAUAAUUCAUGAUAAUUUAUUCGGAGUUGGAAUAGUUUUUACUCGACCGCGAUCUCCAUAAUCAGAUAUCCAAUAUCACCCUACAGAUGGCAUUGAGGCUACCAACUAAGCGUGGUAACAGUCCAUUUUGCCUUUCCAGUAAUUGAUUUUGACAAAGCAGAACGUCUUACAUCUACACUACACCAUUAGAAUUAUAUUGAUCCUGGAAAGAUGUGGAGAUAUCAUAUUUCUUUACAUUGAAAUUGUCUAUUAAUUAUCGGAGUAGGUGUUAUUGGAAGACUAAUUAUGUUGUUGUGUAGCUGGCAAUAAUACGGUCCAGUCUUCGUUGUUUUGCAUUGAAGAGAAACGAUCAAUAGACGUCAGUGGUAUAAUGUAGGGGGCGCCGUAAGAACCGGGCGCGCGACGAGCAGUCUGCAGUGUUGAACGUUCGAGUAAUAGAGCCCAAAUCGUCUUGGCUAUUACUUCUUUUUUUUUGCGCUAUAACUGAUGUUAUAAGAUAAACAUGUUAUAUAUGAAUGUUUGCUCUAAAAGGAAUAGUUCUUAUUCAGAAUUCCUAUCUCUUCUUGUAGAGUGACAGCUCAGAUUGAUAAAGAUGGCAUCCACACACAUCGCUUUGAUAUUUGGGGUGAGCGAUAUGGCAAAUUAUACAACGCCUAUCCCAUUACAUAUAAACAACUCUGAUAUAGUGAAUAGUGCACGUCAAGUAAUGAGGUUGCCAUGGCUUAUGGCUAUUUUUAUUACAUUAUAUGCCGUUAUUUUCCUCCUCGGUGUCAGUGGAAAUUCACUUGUAGUUUAUGUUGUUUUAAGAAACAAAGCAAUGCAGACUAUUACUAACAUAUUUAUCACCAAUCUAGCUAUUUCAGAUAUAUUGAUGUGCUUAUUAGCAGUUCCUUUUACACCAAUUUCAUUCUUUUUAAACUCUUGGGUUUUUGGAGAUGCUCUUUGUCAUCUUGUUCCAAUGAUCUUAUGUAUAAGCGUGUAUGUUUCAACGUUGACCUCGACUGCUAUAGCUGUAGACAGAUAUUUUGUAAUAGUUUAUCCAUUUAAACCACGAAUGAAAGUAUAUAUGUGUGUUCUGAUGAUCAUAGCUAUUUGGAUUAUAUCUGUAUCGAUAUCAUUACCACUUGGUAUAUAUCAACAAGUAGAAUACGACCGCGACAAUGAAAUCUACGCAUGUUCAGAGGAGUGGCCGAGAACUCAAGCUCGACAAUUUUUCACCGUGACCAGCUUAGUUCUUCAAUAUAUUGUGCCUUGUAGCAUCAUAAGCUUUUGUUAUACGAUGGUGUCCUUGGCUUUGAAAAGACGGACAUUAGUCAGAAUAGGAUGUGGAUCGCGCACACGGGAAAGAGACGAACAAGAAAUUCGGCGAAAAAAGCGAACAAAUAAAAUGUUAAUAGCCAUGGUAACAAUAUUUGUGUGUUGUUGGAUGCCCUUAAACAUUUUUCAUUUAGUUAGAGAAUAUGAAGGAGGGGUUGUCCAUUGGUCUCAUUUUGCCCUUGUAUUUUUCAUUGCUCAUGUCAUAGCCAUGAGUUCGACCAUUUACAACCCAUUUUUGUAUGCAUGGAUGAACGAUAACUUUAAAAAGGAAUUCAAACAUUUGUUACCGUGUCUAUUUCCUUCAAGUAGGGAGGGAAAUGGAAGCAACACUUAUACUCAAUAUACUAAUGUUGAGACACAGCCGUCAAUCGUUAUCAACCGUUCCCCGCUGAAGAACGGAAACGAAAAUUGUGCUAAAGACACCAAAGCAUAUUACGACGCUAAUUCGGAAAAGGUCCAUCUAAAUAUUGCUGAAGGAGGCGAGGAAAACAUAGAAGGCACAUAAAAAUCUAUCAGUUAUAUAGAAUUAUGUUCUGUUAAAUUAAUCUGUAUAUAUCAUGCGUUUAUUGUGUUUAAGCGACAUUUAAACAGGCAAUAUUCCUUCCACGAAGAAAUUAAAUAUUUUUAAUUUCAUAUAUAAAGGCGUAGGAGACGGGGAAGUAGGCGAUAAAAAAAUUGGAACGAAUAUUCCAGAAGAAGGUGCCUGUUUUUGAAUUUGCAGCCCGAUUGUACAGAUAGGAUGAUUGAUUUUGUUUCUUUCGAUAUCGGUAAUUGAUACUUACACUUAUGGAUAUCACAACUCGUUACAGCAGUGUACCUCAUGUUGUCAUUUCUCUACCUGCAAAAUUAUUUCGGUAUAUAUAUGAACCAUUUAUAAAACAUUUCGCAACCUUUAAUUUACAAUCAGAUUUUAUAAAAACUAUUGCAUAGUGUUUAUUACAAACUGGUUAAUACCAGAAUCCA